AUGGGGAUGAGGAGUGGGGACGUUGAGCGUUGUGUUCGUGGGGAUGAGGAUGAGGAGUGUUGUGUCCAUGGGAACGAUGAGCGGGCGCCGCCGCGCGCCGCCAUCAUCCCCGUGGAGACGGGCAACGCGCGGGCGCCCGUGCGCCUCACGUGCCACGUGUGGGGCUUCUACCCCCGCGACGUCACCGUCAUCUGGCUGCGCAACGGCGACGUGCUGGGCCCCGGCGAGCACCCGGCCAUCGUGGCCACCGCCAACGGCGACUGGACCUACCAGACGCGGGUGACGCUGGCGGUGGCCCCGGCGCCCGGCGACGUCUUCACCUGCUCCGUGCAGCACAUCAGCCUCGAGGAGCCCCUGCUGUGCGACUGGAGGCCCGGGCUGUCGCUGGCGGAGGCGCUGCAGGUGACGGCGGCCGCCGUGCUGCUGGCGCUGGGGACCGGCGUCUUCGCGGCGGGAGCUCCCUCGCUCGCAGGUUACGCUCCUCUCCCUGGAGACAACUACCCCGCAGCGGGGAUCUGCCCGGCGCCCGGUGACGUCAUGGGACGGCGCGCCUCGUCAUUGGCGGACGGGCCGCAGUCCAGCCAAUAG